AUGUACUCUCGCAGUAAGGAAGAACAUGAGAAGCAUUUGAGGAUAGCACUUAGGUUAUUAAAGGAGAAGAAGUUUUAUGCCAUAUUUUCUAAGUGUGAGUUCGGGCUCAGUUCUGUGGCAUAUUUGGGGCAUGUUGUGUCUAAGGAUGGGAUUAUGGUGGAUCCCAAGAAGAUUGUGGCAGUUAGAGAUUGGCCUACGCCGAUUUCAGUGACCGAGAUUCAGAGUUUUGUGGGCUUAGUGAGUUACGACAGCCAGUUCGUGAAGGGGUUCUCAUCUAUUGCUUCCCACUUGACCCAUUUGACUCAAAAGAUUGUGCCCUUUCAAUGGUCCGAUGAGUGUGAAGAGAGCUUUCAAAAGCUCAAGGCUUUAUUGACUUCAGCUUUGAUUUUGGCUUUACCGGUGGAGGGUAAAGACUUUACUAUUUAUUGUGAUGCUUCCCGGAUUAGUCUGAGUUGUGUGUUGAUGCAAGAGGGUAAGGUGAUCGCGUAUGCUUCGAGGCAGUUGAAGGUCCACGGGAAGAACUAA